AAAACAACCCUCACAGAGCCACAGUAGAAAACAACUCUGCACCUUCCCUUCUCUCCAAUUCCUCCCUUUAAAAAUCCCCAUGCUCUCACAAACUCCCACCAACCAAAACUCCACCACAAUGCUCAAAAUCCUCAACAAGAAGCUCCUCCGCCUCUGCUCCCUCCUCCGCUGGCCGGCCCGCCGCCGUUCCCGCACUAAAGUCGUCAUCAAAAAGUUCGGAAAAACAAGCUCCAGAAAAUCCCAACCCGAAAAUGAAACCAAUGCCACUCAUGCGUUGGCGGCAGUACACCCCAAUACCGACUCAAAACCAGAGCGGCCGAUUCGGGUGGCGACUUUCAACGCCGCUCUCUUCUCAAUGGCGCCGGCGGUUCCGAAAGCCGAGAAAUUCGGGAACUUGGACGGCGAAAAUGGAGGUAGUAGCUUGAAGCUUCAUAAGCACGUUAGUCGAACAAAGUCUUCGGGAAGCGAACGUCCGAAGAGCAUUCUGAAACAGAGUCCCCUGCAUCCGAAUCCAAUGAACAAUUCGGAUAAUCUCACGAAACAGCAGAAGUUUUCGAAAUCUAAGUUAAGGGUUUCGAUCAAUCUGCCGGAUAACGAGAUUUCGCUGCUAAAAAACCGGCAGUUGAGCUUUUCGGAAGGCAGAGCAAAGGAAGAUGCUUUUUCUCUGGUCACCGGAAAAUCGACUCUUAGAUCGUCGAGUUUGGGAUUUUCUGGAGUUUUAAGAAGUGGGGCUGCGGCGGAUGGAGAUUUGUACACAAGUCAUCGGACGGUUCUUGAAGUUUUGAGAGAGAUGGAUGCUGAUGUUUUGGUGCUGCAGGAUGUGAAGGCGGAGGAGGAGAAGGAUAUGAAGCCGCUGUCUGACUUGGCGGCGGCGUUGGGAAUGAAUUAUGUUUUUGCCGAGAGCUGGGCGCCGGAGUACGGCAACGCUAUUUUGUCGAAAUGGCCAAUUAAGCGGUCCAAGAUCGUCAAAAUCUUCGACGACACCGAUUUCAGGAAUGUCCUGAAGGCCACCAUUGAUGUUCCUGAAGCUGGAGAAGUAAACUUCCAUUGCACCCACCUCGAUCAUCUUGAUGAGAGCUGGAGGAUGAGGCAGAUCAAUACUAUAAUCCAAUCAAGCAAUGAGCCCCAUAUCUUGGCUGGAGGCCUCAAUUCUUUGGAUGAGUCAGACUAUUCUCAAGAAAGAUGGACAGAUAUUGUAAAGUAUUAUGAGGAUAUGGGGAAACCAAGGCCUAAGGUUGAAGUAAUGAGAUACUUGAAGAGCAAGCAAUACACAGAUGCUAAGGACUUUGAAGGAGAAUAUGAGUCAGUAGUGAUGAUUGCCAAAGGCCAAAGCGUGCAGGGAACAUGCAAGUACGGAACGAGAGUCGAUUAUAUAUUGGCAUCUGCAAAUUCACGUUACAAAUUUGUUCCUGGAUCAUACUCAGUGUUUUCUUCCAAAGGAACAUCAGAUCAUCAUAUAGUAAGAGUUGAUGUGGUAAAAGUGGAUAACUGUGUUGAAGAAAAUAACACCAGAAGAAGGCAGGUGAAGCAGAAAGUUACCAAGAUAACAAACACUACUUCUCCAUCAAAAGGGAUAUGGAAAAUCCCACAUAUAUGAAGAAAAAAACACAGAUAAUAAUUGACUUUUACUUUUGACAGUGUAGGUUUAGGGUUUGGUUUGUUGAAGGAAGGGCAGGUUUUGGCUUUGGAUCUGCUUUUACCUCCUACAGUUAGUAGAAUAUUCAGUGUCUGCAUGGGUUGUUGGGGAUAGAACGUGCCAAGGGAAAAGUUGAAAUUUGAUGUGGUUGGUUAGCAAUUUCUUACUUCUUCAAAUUGUACAGCAGAGUUAUAAAGUAAUAUAUUUUGAGAGUGAU